GCAGAGGCAAGGCCAUCCAGGUACCACGUCCCAAAGACAAGAAGAGCUGGGACCACUGCUGUAGCUGGGACAGGACUUAAACACGAGCACUGCCUGGGGCCGCAAGGAACAGGCUGAAGAGUGCAGACCCAGAGGCCAGCUCCGAGAACACAGCCCUGGGGAAAGGUGGGCUGGCUGCGCGGCCACCAGAGGGCGCCAUUCCCGCCGCACCCAAACCCACGCUGCUCAUCACGCUGCCCAAGUCUGUGCCACCGCACAGUGGCCGCCUGUCCAGCCUCUGCGACGCUCUGGCAUCCGAGUGGUGUGGCCACAAGCCUGGCUUCCUUCCCCGCGCCCUCCCCCAAGCCCUGACUCACUGGCGUUUUGUGCUCACACUCAAAGGGCUCCAUUGACUGCUCGCAGAUGCGGGCUGGGGUCGGCCCCUGUCCUGCUCCGGGCACCGCCUGGUCUGCUGGGGUGGCACGACCAGCCAAAUGUCAAACAGCCCCGCCGGCCGCUGGGCUGCUGUGGAGCCUGUCCCUGCUGGCUGGGCCAGGAGUGUGGAGACAGCCCCAGUGGACACUGUCGAGAAAAGAUCAGCAGCGUCCUUUCUCCUCCGGGGCCACCCCCAAGGGACGGGCUAAGCCCGGGCAACUCCCUGGUCACUCGGAACUCCCAAGUCCUUCCCCGAGAUGCUGCCCCAGAAGGCUGACGGCCUGGGUGGUCUGGCGGCUCCCCCACUUUCUUUCCCAGGAGAAGAGAGGAGGAGGACCUGCUGGGGAGUCGCCUGAAGGACAGAUUGGGGGCUGAGGGACAUGGGCCCUCCCAAGGGGGCCGCGGGGUGCAAAGGGCUAGAGAGCUGCAAGCCCCCCUCCCUCCCAACUCUGCCACUCAGGUGGAGCCUCCUAGAGGUCAUCCUUGCCAGGGAACGUGCGAGUCGCCCUCCUCUUUCAUCAGCUCGCAGCCCAGGCCCAGCCCACACCCGCCCGGAGGGAGGAGAGGAAGAGGAGGAGGAACAGGAGGGCCGCGCAGACCUCGGGGCAGGGAGCGGGCACAGGAAACCUGCAGGACGCCGUCCCGGCAGGGAUUCCCCCCCGGGCACAGCGGUGGCACUGGCUCCCCACUUGAGCGGCUGCCCUGUGUAAUGUGACACUUGGAUCUCCAGGACGACCAACAACAAAAAAGCGGAGGGAGGCCGAGACAGCGGCUGGCUGUCAACAGCCAGGAGCUCCGCUGUGCUGAGCAGAGGCACCCGGGGAGCACAGCCGCGGGUCAGGAGAGACGCGUCCGCAAAGGAAGGAAGAGGUGUGAGCCGACCAGGGAGGCAGGCGGGAGAGACACUCGAGGCCGCUGGCGGCCCUGCACCUGUGGCCGCCCCCGCCGCACCUGACUCGCAGCCCAGGAGGCACCCGGCAGGGACCCGGCGCAGCAUGGCAGCCAGCGACCUUGUGCAGGAGUUACACUCCAUCGGGGACAGGCUGCUGCUUAAGCUGCAGAGGCUGCCGCAGGCCGAGCCCGUGGAGAUCCUGGCUUUCUCAGUCCUGGUGGUUUUCACAGCCACCGUGGUGCUGCUGCUACUGAUUGCCUGCGGCUUCUGCUGCUGCCAGUACUGCUGCCCCAGGCGGAGAGGCAGGAGGACCCAGGUGGGACCCAUGACCCCACCGUGAGGGCCAGGGGGAUGACCGAGAAGCCGGAGAGGAGACCGCCGGCACCACGACCCAGGUGUCAGCCUGGCCCUGCAGCCCUCGCCCCUCAAGACAAAGACCCACAGCUCAGCCCUGGCCGAGCCCAGGGACCCGGACGCCGAUGGAGACCUGGAGCCUCAGCAAGGACACCGGCUGUUUUGGCCACAGAACUCUCACCUGCAGGGCGCCCAGAAGGGAUCAAAGGUUUCAAAGACAGAAAACCACCAGAGAUUCUUUGCCGACCUGCACUUUUUAACAAAGCACAGAGCGUGGUGCCCGUACUUGGAGAACAGCCCGCAUCUGUGGGGAGCUGGCCCUUGGGGGUCCCAAGCCAGAGAGGAGAAGGUCAAUCAGAGGGGCUCUGUGCAGGAGCUACCGGGUCCCAAGCGCCCCCCAGAGUAGGGAACAUGUGUGUUCUAUUCCAGGGUUUGCCUGCUUCUUUCCAGUAAAGGCUUUCUGUUUACGCGUUUCCGCAGCGCCCCACUCCCCGGGCUGGGCCCUGUGCAUCGGGAGUGCGACGUGCCAGGACCCCGGGGAUGUGGCCAGUGUCUUCUCCUUGCAGCUUCUGCUCUCCCUGUGCCCACGGAAGCUGGAGAAACACACAGGCAAGAAUGCCACG